CAACCAGGAGCCAUUUUGUCCUUUUUUUGGCCUCUUUUUGCCCCGGAUCCCCCCGGACCCCCCCCAGACGAUGGUGAACGAUGACCGCGCCACACCAUGAAGCUCUUGUGGCAGGUAAUUGGGCACCACCACCGCCACCGCCACCGCCACCGCCGCCGCCGCCACCACCGCGCCUGGAGAGCCGCCCUGGUCUCCUUCCUGACGUUCCACGCGUGGUUGUUCGGCGCCGCCGCCGCCUCGCCCGGCCCGCAGAGCUGCCCUUCCGCCUGCUCGUGCACUAACCAGUUCAGCAAGGUGGUGUGCACCCGGCGCGGCCUCGCCGAGGUGCCCCCCGGCAUCCCCUCCAACACCCGGUACCUCAACCUGAUGGAGAACAACAUCCAGAUGAUCCAGGCGGACACUUUCCGCCACCUGCACCACCUGGAGGUCCUGCAGUUGGGCAGGAACGCCAUCCGGCAAAUCGAGGUGGGGGCCUUCAACGGCCUGGCCAGCCUCAACACCCUGGAGCUCUUCGACAACUGGUUGACCGUCAUCCCCAGCGGGGCCUUCGAGUACCUCUCCAAACUGCGGGAGCUGUGGCUGAGGAACAACCCCAUCGAGAGCAUCCCCUCGUACGCCUUCAACCGCGUGCCCUCGCUCAUGCGCCUCGACCUGGGCGAGCUCAAGAAGCUCGAGUACAUCUCCGAAGGCGCUUUCGAGGGUCUCUACAACCUCAAGUACCUGAACCUGGGCAUGUGCAACAUCAAGGACAUGCCCAACCUGACGCCCCUGGUGGGGCUGGAGGAGCUGGAGAUGUCGGGCAAUAACUUCCCCCAGAUCAAGCCGGGCUCCUUCCACGGGCUGAAGGCCCUCAAGAAGCUCUGGAUUAUGAACUCGCAGAUCAACCUGAUCGAGCGGAACGCCUUCGACGACCUGACGGCGCUGGUGGAGCUCAACCUGGCCCACAACAACCUCUCCUCGCUGCCCCACGACCUCUUCGCCCCGUUGCGGUACCUGGUGGAGCUCCACCUGCACCACAACCCGUGGGAUUGCGACUGCGACAUCCUCUGGCUGUCGUGGUGGCUGCGGGAGUACAUCCCCACCAACUCCACCUGCUGCGGGCGCUGCCACGCGCCCCUGCACAUGCGGGGAAGGUUCCUGGUGGAGGUGGACCAGACCUCCUUCCAGUGCUCGGCGCCCUUCAUCAUGGACGCCCCCACGGACCUCAACAUCUCCGAGGGGCGGGUGGCCGAGCUCAAGUGCCGAACUCCUUCCAUGUCGUCCGUUAGGUGGCUGCUGCCUAACGGGACGGUGCUGAGCCACGCCUCCAGCCACCCGCGCAUCACCGUCCUCAACGACGGCACCUUGAACUUCUCCCACGUCCUCCUGACGGACACCGGGCUCUACACCUGCAUGGUGACCAACGUGGCGGGCAACUCCAACGCCUCGGCCUACCUCAACGUGAGCACGGCCGAGCUCAACACCUCCAACUACAGCUUCUUCACCACCGUCACGGUGGAGACCACCGAGAUCUCCCCGGAGGACAUCUCCCCCAAGUUCACCAAGCCCGUCCCCACCACGUCGACGGGCUACCAGCCGGCCUACACCACCACCACCACCGUCUUGGUGCAGACCACCAGGACGCCCAAGCAGGUGGCCGUCCCCACCGCCGACUCGGCCGACAAGAUGCAGACCAGCUUGGACGAGGUGAUGAAGACCACCAAGAUCAUCAUCGGGUGCUUCGUGGCCGUGACGCUCUUGGCCGCCGCCAUGCUCAUCGUCUUCUACAAACUCCGGAAGCGACACCAGCAGCGCAGCACCGUCACGGCCGCCCGCACCGUCGAGAUCAUCCAAGUGGACGAGGACAUCGCUGCCACCGCCACCACGGCCACCACCGCCGCUGCUCCUCCUCCGGCCGGCGCCGAGGGGGCGGUGGUCCUUCCGGCCAUCCACGACCACCUCAGCUACAACGCCUACAAAGCGGCGCACGGCGCCCAUUGGACGGAGAACGCGUUGGGGAACUCCCUGCACCCCCCCGGCCCCAACCUCGCCGAACCCUACGUCAUCCAAACCCACCCCAAGGAGAAGGUGCAGGAGACCCAGAUCUGAGGCGGGAGCCUUUUGGGGGGGUUUUGGGGCUAUUUCUUGGGCUUUUGGGGCCCUUCUUCGGCAUUCCCGCGGCAAUGGAAAACCACAGCCGAACCGCAGCGACUUUUGUACAGAGCGGCGGAAAAGACCUUUUUUUUCCUUCCUUGUAGGUGCAAAAUCCCUCGGAUUUACGGGCGCGGAAGAGAAGCGAAUUAUAUUAAAAUGGAAAGCGGAAAAAUAACCGCGAAAAUAACCCCCAAAUCCCUAUUUUCUAACUGGAAAAUUCUAUUUAAAAAUGACAAAAAAUAACAAAACGACGGAGAAAAGGGAGAGCGAUGACACACACAGAGAUAUGAAAACAAACGAAAGCCCCAACGCGCAGGACCCGGAGCGGCGGCGGCGGCGGCGCAGAGCCGCGAGCGCGGUGCAGCGCGGCGCAG